UAUUUCGGAGAGACUGCUUCACGUGUUUCCUCCUUAUCGAGCCGCUACCAAGCAGAUGUUUUCCCUUCGUUCGUUCGCCACUUCCAUUUGUUCGAGGUUUCCAGGAGUGACUUUGCACUUCCUCCGUUAUGGAAAGCUCCUGUCAAGUGGAAAACACAGAUAUAUUCCUGCCGUUGUCGUCCCUAAGGCUGCUGAUCCCCCCUCUGCGGCUGCUCUCUGCGGCGAUGUGGCAGGUGGCUCAGCGGAGGGACGUUCUCGACUACGAGAAGCUUGAUGAGUUCGUGUCGCUGGUGACGGCCACGGUCCCAGACCUGCUCAGCCCCAAGCAACGGGGAAAGCUGCUCCUCCGGCUGCGAGCGAAGAUCAUUCUGGAGUUGUGCAGAAAUGAGGAAACGGCCAACGUCUUGUGUGUUCAGCCUCACCUGGAGCGAAUACGCCCGUCAGGAUACACAGGAAGUGGGGACGCAGAGGUGGAUGCAGAGGAAACCAUUUUUGUGGAGCUAACCCAAACACUGCUGAAUGACCCAGCAGAGAGGCAACAUUUUUACCAGGAGGUGUUUCCAACAGAAUACGGUCCCAACUAUGACACUGACAUGCAGCUUCUCGUGUGGGAGUUUCUUUCCAAACUGGAAAGACUCCUGCCGGUACCAGACCUCGGUCAGGCUGUUUCAUGGCUGACCUCUGCCCCCUCCGUACUGAAGGACUGCUUGCAGGCGCUCUCCACUCCUGACGACCUGACGUCUCUGCUGCAGCACCACAAAAGCCUCAAGCACCUCGGCGCACAAGGCACCACGGUGGAGAUGUCCACCCAGGUCUUCGCCUGCUCCGAGUGUCCGUUCUUCCACAUGCAGGAGUCCUACCUGCUGCAGCACAUCGAGCGCAGUCACCCUGAACAGUACAGCAAGCUCCAGGGGGCUGCCGAGCCCGAGCCCGAGGCCCCCAAGAAGAGGCUCCAGCGUCCUCAGUUCCCGCAGCCCUUCCCCAUCCACGACCGACCCGACCCGCACACGUGCCAGGAGUGCGGCAAGACAUUCACGCGUGCCUCAGACGUGACUCGCCACCAGCGGACACACACGGGCGAGCGCCCCUACACCUGUGAGGAAUGUCACAAGGGCUUCAAGAACUCAUGGGAUCUGACCAGACACCAGCGCAUCCACACAGGAGAGCGGCCCUUCCUCUGCUCCCAGUGCGGGAAGCGCUUCACCCAGAUGGGGCUGCUCAAUCUGCACUUGGAACGAACCGGGUGCGGCCAGAUCUGUAACCCUCCUCUGGACGUGUCGACGGAGGUGGUGGUGGCGGAAGAGGCGUCGGAGGAAGGGGGCGGUCGGUACAAGUGCCAGAAGUGCGGCGACAGCUUCGGCAGCAUCCUGGACCGACUGAGGCACAGGCAGACGCACGUGGUGAGGCGCCAGUACAAAUGCUCUUCGUGCGACAAGAUCUACAGCCGGGCGUCGGACCUCCAGAGGCACCAGAUGAAACACACAGGUGAGCGACCGUUUGCCUGCGAGUGUGGCAAAAGCUUCACACACGUGUGGCUUCUCAACAAGCACCGGCAGAUCCACACGAGGGAGCGGCCGUACCCCUGCACGGAGUGUGGCAAGAGCUUCACGCAGCCCCAGAUCCUCAACAGGCACCUGCUGACUCACAACGGCCAGCGGCCUCACCGGUGCUCGUACUGCGAGAAAUGCUUCGCCCAGCUGGCAAGCCUCACGCGCCACGAGAGGGUCCACACGGGCGAGAGGCCGUACCCCUGCCCCGCCUGCGAGAAGGCGUUCCUCACACACGGAGAGCUGGUGAGGCACCAGCGCAGCCACAGCAACUCCAGACCCUUCAGCUGUCCUCAGUGCCCCAAGAGCUUCAAAACCAAGCGCGCCCAGAGCGAACACCUGAACACGCACACGGGCGAGCGUCCCUUCGCGUGCGCCUGCUGUUUGAAAAGGUUCGCCAAGUCCACCUCGCUCGUGCGGCACAAUCUCACCCACACGGGGGAGCGACCCCAUCGCUGCCCCCAGUGCGGGAAGACCUUCCUCACGUCCGGCGAGCUGCUCCUCCACAGGCGCAUCCACACGGGCGAACGGCCGUAUCCCUGCUCCUACUGUGAGAGGAGGUUCAGGUGCUCCUCGGACCUCAACAUGCACGUCCGGACGCACACAGGAGAAAAGCCGCACGGCUGCCUGUUCUGUAAGAAGGGCUUCUCCACGUCCACGAGGCUGAAGAGACACAUGCGCACGCACACGGAUAAGGGCACAGUCGUUGAAUCGUUAAGUCUUUGAGCUGGAAGUGUAUUUAUAUAUUAACGGAACCGUUGCCAUUGAAAAUUAAAACAGUCUUUAAU